AUGACCGACGCAGUGAUUACCACUUUCCCCCCGCUCGCAGAGCGACUCGUCAAAAACACCAUCUGUCUUUUCGAUGUCGAUGGAACACUCUCUCCUGCGCGGCUAUCCGCUUCCGCCGAAAUGCUCUCCCUCCUUGCCGCUCUCCGCCAAAAAUGCGCCAUCGGCUACGUAGGUGGCAGCGACAUGGCCAAACAACAAGAACAACUCGGCACUGCUGAGAUACCCGUUACCUCGAUUUUCGAUUUCUGUUUCGCCGAAAACGGACUCACAGCUUUCAAGAGCGGCGUUCCCAUCCAAUCGAAUAGCUUCAUCAAGUGGAUUGGUGAAACUCAGUACAAGGAGUUGGUCAAAUUUAUCUUGCAUUACGUCGCGGAUUUGGAUAUUCCAGUGAAGAGAGGAACAUUUAUCGAAUUCAGAAACGGCAUGAUCAAUGUUAGCCCCAUUGGCAGAAAUGCGAGCGUGGUGGAGAGAAAUGAGUAUGAGGUGUAUGAUAAGCAACAUCAUAUUAGAGAGAAGUUUAUCGAGGCUUUGAGGGAGAAGUUUACAGGGGUGGAUUUGACCUAUUCGAUCGGUGGUCAGAUUUCCUUCGAUGUCUUCCCUACUGGCUGGGAUAAGACAUACUGUCUUCAACAUCUUGAGAAUGACGCAAAGCGCCCAGACGGUAUCGAGUAUACGACGAUUCAUUUCUUUGGAGAUAAGACAUAUAAGGGAGGAAAUGAUUAUGAGAUUUAUGAGGAUAAGAGGACAAUUGGUCACAGUGUGAAGAACCCGGAUGAUACCAUGAGGGAUAUUAGACAGAUAUUUGAUCUUUAA